AUGAGCUGGGUCAAACUGAUGCUGGUCUGCAAGCGCUGGCACGAGAUCGGCUUCAACGCACCCCAACUCUGGCGAGUCGUAAUCGUGACUCGCAACCUCGAGGCUCUGCGGUUUCGAUUAGAAAGGACGGGUACGAUCGCGUUCGAUCUCGUCGUGCAUCACUCGGACGCCGAGUGUAACCACGCCGCACUCCCUCUCAUCCUCCCUCAUCUCCCCCGGCUUCGCUCCAUCUCCGCCUCUGUUCCGUUGCCCGCGAAGGUUUUAUCGGUAGUCAAGACAAUCUUGAACGAGACUCUACCAAUGCUUCGGGAGGUCGCAAUCAAGUACAGCCCUCGCAUCUCCGAGCAUCCCGACCGCGUCUUACGAUACCAACCCGAUAUCGGUAUCACGCCCGCCCGUCAUCCUCGGCUAUGCCGUGUCGAAUCCUUUGGGAUAGCGCUACCCUCGGCUCAUAUCUUCUGGUCGGGGCUCUCAUCACUUCGUGUCGGCAUCCCCAUCGACUCAACAUACCCCGAGAACAUCGUCAAAGUAGCCAAUGACUUCGUCUCGCUCCUGCGACACUGCUCGCGCCUCCGGCACCUCCACGUGGUCGUGGAUACACUCCCGUACAGUCUACACCAGAUGAUGGUCCAUCCUGGCAUCCCGUCUGCGGACCGCAACAACGCCCACCCGGCACACCUUCUCGCCCUCACCGAGAUCGACUUCACAGGCCCGUACGCGUUCGCUGCGCUGAUGAUGCGCUCCUUCAAGUGCGGUCCUGCAAUGACCAGUUUCCGCGUCUCCACGGACAUAGACGGCUCAGCUGCUGCUACCGCUCUUCUGCAGCCAUUGUCGGGCGCACGGCGAGCAUGGCUCCCCUCCAACCCUACUCGCUCUGGCCGCACUGAGCUGCGCCUGUUCCUCUCCCCCGCACUCGGUCCCGCAUGGGGAGAAAACCACCCCGCCGCCCUCCACAGGUGCUCCGUCACCCUCUCCACAUCGCACCACUUGUGGCAGCGGGAGGCCGCGUCCGGCUCCCAGGUGCUCGUGGAGGUCUGCGGCGCGUUCGCGCUGGAGGAGCUCGUCGUCGGAGACUCCGCCCCGCUCGAGCGCGACUCCUGGACGCACGUCUUCACCGCCUUCCCCGCCCUGCGCGUCCUCCGCUUUACCCGCGGGCCCUCGAUCAAAAGCGCGUUCACCGCGCUCGACGCACUCGCGGCGGACGAGUCGAUUGCGCCCGCGCUCGAGCACCUCUACCUCACGCUCCGCGAGCUCACGUCGACGCUCGAGGCCCACGACUUUAUCGAGGCCAUUCGCGACGUCUGUCGGGCGCGCGCGCGGCUCGCGGCUCUGACGCUCCGCCUCCCGCGCACGGGCCUCGUGUACCCGACGUACGUGGAGAGGAUCGGGCACCGCGUCCACCGCGCGGCGCUGCUGGAACUGAACAGGUGCUGCGGGUGCGUCACGUGGGAGCUGGAGGGCGAGACGAUCGAGGCGCUGUGGGACGACGCGGAGGGUGUCGAGAAACAGAGGAGGAGCAGUGCCCACAGCGGCGUACUCGUCAACACCCGUCCUACCGAUGCCAGCAAGCCCCGGCCGAAAGCUGCCUAG